ACUACCAAAGCUUACUAUAAAAUGGCUUCCAUUCUUGAGCUUUCUCCACACACUCCGAUCUCAACCUCAUCACUCAGUGUUCUUCUCUACUUCCUACCAAAAACCAACUUCUCAAACUCCUCUUUUAAAAGUGGGACUCGGAAAUAAUCGGAAUUAACAAACACAAACAUGAGUCUCAAAGGCUUUGUCGAGGGAGGCAUAGCUUCGAUCGUUGCCGGGGCUUCCACUCACCCUCUUGACCUAAUCAAGGUGCGCAUGCAGCUUCAGGGCGAACCCCGCGUCCCCAGUCCCGCCUUUCAGUCCGCCAUUCGUCCCACUGUUGCCUUAAACUCCACCAUCGGAUGUAAUAAUACUUCUCUGUCCGGUACAUUACACGUUGCCCAACCACCCCGCGUUGGACCCAUCUCCAUCGCGGCUCGAAUCAUCCAGACAGAAGGUCUUGCCGCUGUCUUUUCCGGUGUCUCCGCAACCAUCCUUCGCCAAACUCUCUACUCUACCACCCGCAUGGGCCUUUACGAUAUUCUUAAGCGUAAAUGGUCUGAUUCUAAUUCAGGCUCGGGUAAUUUACCUCUCAUGCGCAAGAUAGCGGCUGGCCUUAUUGCUGGCGGUGUCGGUGCCGCUGUCGGUAACCCUGCAGAUGUGGCGAUGGUUCGAAUGCAAGCCGACGGACGCCUUCCGAUCGACCAACGCCGGAACUACAAGAGUGUGGUUGAUGCAAUUAGUCAAAUGUCAAAGCAAGAGGGUAUUCCAAGCCUGUGGCGCGGCUCAGCUCUGACGGUGAACCGCGCGAUGGUCGUGACGGCAUCGCAACUGGCGUCUUACGAUCAGGUCAAGGAGAUGAUCUUGGAGAGGGGUGUGAUGGGGGAUGGGAUCGGGACCCACGUAACGGCAAGCUUCGCGGCAGGGUUCGUGGCUGCUGUGGCCUCAAACCCGAUCGACGUGAUCAAAACAAGAGUGAUGAACAUGAAGGUGGAGCCAGGGGCGGAGCCACCUUACUCUGGUGCAUUGGAUUGUGCCACGAAGACGGUGAGGGCAGAGGGUAUCAUGGCUUUGUAUAAGGGUUUCAUUCCUACCAUCUCAAGGCAAGGCCCUUUCACAGUGGUGCUCUUCGUCACUCUCGAACAGGUUCGGAAGCUAUUCAAGGAUUUCUGAUCCUCCGGCGAUCGAAGUAGAAAUAUUAUUGCGAUUAGAAUCUACUUACGAGAACCAAAGAUAGAUACAAACUCUUGAGACUUAUAUAGGAAAUACAUGAUGAUUGUUGCGAUUCUUCUUUUAUUUCUAGUGUCAAUGGAAUCAACAAAAACGAAAUGAUCAUCAAUAUAUAUAGCUCGAUGGUAACAUGAUGAUAUCUCAGAUUCUAUAAUUUGGGUAAUUGAGCAGAUCUCCAAUGCUAGCUAGCUAGCUAGCUUAUUACUUGGUCAUGGUCUUCAUAGACAUGAUGAGAGUAUAUAUAUUAUACAGUACUACAUAAUUCUCUCAAA